CAGGUAUGGCCGCGCGGAGCCUCUGCCUUCGGGCUCGGGCGGGGCAGUGAUCGUGGGGUCCCGCUCAGCCCCCAGCUCGCUGGCAGCGUCCAUCGCUGUCCCGUACGGGGGAGCCGGGAGAGAAAGAUAUGGAUCAGAAACUUCCAGUGUUGGUAGAAGAGCUCACAACUUCCGGAGAACCUCAGCCGAAUCCUGAGAAAAUGAAAGAACUGAAGAAAAUUUGCAAGUCUUCAGAGGAGCAGCUCAGCCAUGCCUACCGCCUGCUGAUGACCCAGCUGAGCCAGGACCAUGCCGAGAUCCGCCUCUCCACUUUCCAGAUUGUGGAUGAGCUCUUCACCAGGUCUCACCAGUUCAGGCUGCUGCUCGUUUCCAACUUCCAGGAGUUCCUGGAGCUCACACUGGGCACGGACCACCAGCAGCCCCUGCCACCUCCCAGGGAGGCAGCCCGAAGGCUGAAGCAGGCAGCCAUGCACGCUGUGGAAGGGUGGAAUGAGCAGUUCGGCGAGGCCUAUAAGAAGCUAGCCCUGGGCUACCACUUCCUAAGACACACCAAAAAGGUGGAUUUUCAGGAUGUGAAUGCCAGGACUUUGGCAGAAAGGAAGCGGGAAGAAGAAAAGCAGAAGCACUUGGAUAGGAUCUACAGAGAGAGAGCCGAGCAGGCCGAGAGGGAGAUGGAAGAAAUGUCUGAGGAGAUUGGCCGCUGUCUGAUGGAGGUGGAGAGCUGCUUCAAGCUGCUGGUGCCCUUGGACCUGGGUCCAAGCCCUCCAGCUUCGGAGUUUUCCCCUCACGCCUCGGGCCCUGGCUGGGCUGCCCUUCACCGAUCUGUUGGCCCUGACCCCCAGGAUGAGGAGCAGCCAUGCUGCAGCAGAGACCUGCCUGCCUCUGCACACCACGCAGGAGCUGCUGGUAGUGGGGAGGGGCUGCCCCAGAUAGCACCGGGGGAUCCGUCAGAGGAGGAGGAGGAGGACAGUGACGUGGAAGAGUUUGUGCGGAGCCAUGGGCUUGGCUCUCACAAGUACACGCUGGCCGUGGAGCUGUCCUCAGACAGCCUGAGGGUGCAGGAGAAUGAGGACAACCUUGCUGUCCUCCACGCUGCCCGAGACGCGCUCAAGCUGAUCCGGAACAAGUUCCUUCCGGCUGUGAGCUCCUGGGUUCAGCGGUUUACCCGAGCUGGGGCCCAUGGUGGACACCUGAAGCGUGCCAUUGACCUGAAGAUGGAAUUGGAGUUCGUGCUGCAGAAGUACAAGGAACUUGACAUUGAGCCCGACAGUGGGCAGCACCAGACAGCAGUGCUGAGGCACGAGGACGAUGAGGAUGACGAGGACUUUGUGGAGGUCCCGGAGAAGGAGGGCUAUGAGCCCCACAUCCCCGACCACCUCCGGGCCGAGUACGGGCUGGAGACAAAGGCCCCACUGCAGACCCUGGAGCAAGACGCAGCUGCACGGGGUGCUCAGGCGAGGAGGAAGACCCACAGGGAGGAGGAGGCAUCGGACCCCACCUCUGCCGCUGCCCAGUUGUGUUGGCUGCAGGACCGCCUCCCUCCAGCCUUGCCCUCUCCUGCCAGGGCUCCACUGGGGCCUGUGGAGGCCCAGAAGCUAGCAGAAGAGCAGGCCCGGGCGCCUGUUGUGCCAUUUGGUGUGGACCUGUGCUACUGGGGCCAGGAACAGCAGAUGGUCGGGAAGAUGUUCAAAGCCGACUCCGAGCACCGCUUCUGGAAGCCCAGCGAGGUGGAGGGGGAGGCAGACAGUUCAGACAUCCGUGCGCUGCUCCGGAGCCGCUGCAUCACCUUUGCAGGGAGGUUCGAGCCUGUGCAGCACCGCUGUCGGGCCCCGAGGCCCGAUGGCCGGCUCUGUGAGCGCCAGGACCGGCUGAAGUGCCCUUUCCAUGGGAGGAUCAUCCCCAGAGACGACACGGGACAGCCCCUUGACCCAGAGGACAGGGCCAGAGAGCAGCGGCAGCGGCUGCAGCAGCCAGAGCGGCCGGACUGGCAGGACCCGGAGUUCAUGAAGGACGUGGAAGCGGCCACAGGGGCCGACCUCGGCUCGGCCCGGUACAGCGGAAAGGGCAAGGGGAAGAGGAGGAAGUACCCAGCACUCACAGAUCUGCGGGCGCAGGCCAGCACCUCGAGGGCCCGCCUCGGGAAGAAGGUCUUUGCCAAGGCAGCAGUGCAGAGGGUGGCUGCUGCCAUGAACCAGAUGGACCGGAAGAAGCAUGAGAAGUUCGCAAACCAGUUCAACUACGCGCUGAACUAGUGCUGGGCCUGCCUUGCCUGCUCCGUGCACACCCGAGGACCGGGUGUGAGCCGUGCUUCCUUGUGUCCAGUGGUGCCCAGGGCCUCGGCCAAGGGGGCAGCCCGAGGCCUGUGUGCUUUCUGAUGCGUUGAGAGCUGGGCCGAGCUCUGCAGCCUGCCCUGCCCUGCCACCUCCCCAGGAAGGAGCGCUCUGGGCUGCACGGGGCCCAGGGCCUCGCCUGCUUCUCAACGCGGUCUGAAUUGGAGCGUGGCACAGCGGCCCGGGAACCUGCAUUCCGGCCCAUGGUGCUUUGUCGCGAGAGGACACCCUCCGCCCUCCCAGCCCCACACGGCCCUGUGCGCGUCUGGUGGGCCAGUUCGGGUGUCCUGGAUGCACCGGGCCCCCUCUGGCUCCCUGGUCCCUCUUCCUGCCGUCACACGUGCCACCCCCAGUGACGUCCCGGCGUCUACCACGUGCCGCCUCGGGCGCUGCCCUGGGCUGCUCCCAGGGCCCCAGCAGUGCUGUGCAUGGGUGCGGUCACUGGGCCACAGGUGCCACCUCGCCGUGACCCCACUCCGUCUUCCUCGGCACCCGCCGCACCCCUGUGCCCUCCAGGCAGCGGAGUUGGGGGUCCAGUUUCUCCACAUUCCUGCUGGCUCGUCAGUCACCUCUUGGUGUUAGCAGUCUUAGUGGCAUGGGGAUGGAGCAGACUUUUAUUUUUUUUCCUGGACUGCAGAUCAAAUACAAGGCACUGAACUAAAUAACCAGCCUUUUGGGCCGGGGACUUUGCUCAGAGGCACCACGCCUGCCUUGUAAGCGCAAAGUCCUGAGUUUGAUCCCCGGUACCAAAAAUAAUUUUUUUUAAUCAGCCUUUUAAAGUUUUAUAUUUUGAGACAGGGUCUUGCUAAGUUACUGUUGCCCAGGCUGGGCUUGGACUUGCAGGCCUCCUGCCUCGGCCUCUGAGUAGCUAUUUUGAUUUGAUUUUUCUGAUGAGUGAUGUUGAACAUCCCUUCAUGUGCUUAAGGGUCAUUUGUUCAUCUUGGGAGAAAUAUCUGUUCGCAUCUCCUGACCCUGCUGGAGCCGUUGGUUCUGUGUUGUAAGAGUGUAGCUAUCUGGGCUCUGUCCUCCUGAGUGAUUCUCAUAUUCCCCGCCGGUCUGCCUUGUCCCCUUCUUAGGAGAACCCUUUAGAGCACAAAUACUGCCAUCUUCUGUGGAGUCCAGUUUAUCUGUUUUUUGUUCUUUUCUUCCUUGUGCUUUUGGUAUCUGAGAAACCACUGCAGAACUUCGGGUCACAGAGAGUUGUUGCUGUUCUCUUGUGUGGUUUGGUAGCUUUAGCUCCUUUUCCAUACGCAAGGUGGGGUCCAGUUCGUCUUGUGUGUCUGGUCACUGUCUGGUGUCACAGCACCACUUGUUGAAGGCCUGUCCUCCCCUAUCCCUCUAAGCACCCCGCGGGUAACCAGGUGGCCCUGAGGGUGGACUCGGGGUUUCUGGGCACCGAUUUCUGGCCCUUCGACCUGCACACCCUUGCAUCAGUACUGCGGGCUGGGUUAUUGGAUUUGGUGAACACGAAUCUUCAGCUGUAAUAUUUCAAGAGGGUUUUGGCUCUUCUGGGUUCUUUGAAUCUCCAAAUGAAUUUUGGGGUCAGUUUGUCAAUUUUCGCCAGAAAACAGAAAGCUGGCAUUUUGAUAGGGAUGGCGUGGUGUUGCCAUGCGAACACGAAGUCUCGGCACGCGCACUGCCGCUGUCUUCCGGGUACUCGAGUGGUCCUUGACAGUUCUGGGUUCUCAGUGUGUGCGUCUUCCACUUACUUUUUUUUUUGGUACCGGGGAUCAAACUCGGGUCCUUGCGCUUGUGCAGCAGGUGGUGAAACCACUGAGCUAAAUCCCUGGCCUGAGGACCUUCUGAUUUCAGUUAUUUUAGUGCUCUCUCCCCUCUGCCUUCCGCCCUCCGUCCCCCUUCCUCUUGGUCAGCCUAAAUAAAGAUUUAUAAUUUUGUUGAUACAUUUGAAGAAACAACUUCUGGUUUUGAGUGAUCCAUAUUACUUUUCUAUUCUUUAUUUCACUGAUUUCCAUUAUUCAUUAUUUCCUUUGGGUUACUUUGGAUCUAGUUUUCUCUUUCUUUUUUCUUAAAGUGGAAGGUUAGCUUAUUAAUUGGAAAUCUUUAUUUUUUAAUAAAAGUGUUCAUAACUAUA